GCAGCGGCUCCCUUCUCUUUCCCCUACCUCCAAUUCAUCUCUGUUCUUCCUGUUCCUGUAACCUCUCCCAUGUAAUUGCUAUGCUACUGCUACAAUUCAUCUGUUGAAGUGACUAGUCAAGAUAGAUCAUAGCAGGUUCCUAACAUCUGCUAUCAGAGCCAGUCCACCAUCCUUUCCGCCCCAAUUUUUUUUUCGCUAGUCAUUGCCUUCUUCCUGUUCGACAGAAUGACUAGCCACCAAAUGUUCUCAGAUCAAGUUCUCAGCAUGGUCGUGGAGCAAGCGAUUUACCCUAUCACUACCGAUGUAUUGUAUUCCCUCUUCGCUCCCUUUGGUGUAGAGCAGUUGGUGGUGUAUCCCCAAACAAAAUCAGAGGAUGGAGAGCCUUUUGUAGCGGCAGAUGUCCGAUUCACUUCGGCGCACGCAUUCGCAUACUGGGAUGGCCGCUGCAUCUACUACCGGUGUUGUCGCCUGCAGAUGUGGUGCGCUACACUCGACGUGUUGCCGGCCCCAGCGUCUACUUCGCCCACCGUCGUCAAGGACAACCGUGACACCGCCAUCGACCUCACCAACUCCACCGCGGCCAUCUCUGGUCAUGACGGCAAGUCCGUCGGGGCCAUCGACAUCCCUGCGGCGGCCAGCACCAGCACGCCGCCUCACGGCCACGAUACAUCCCCCAAGUCUUCCCUUGACAGCGAUUGCCGCGUCCCAGUCGCGGGCACGGACGAGUACACAUUGGUGGCGGCAAUUCCAGAAGUCGUCACCGAGCUCGCCAUCUUUCCCGGCGUCCCCUCCACCACCGUCUGCCACGACCUUGCCAUCGACCUCAACGCCACCACUGUUGUCUUCCCCGAGCUCACCGUCAUCCGGAAUGACAAGGAAGUUGAGCAGUUUCCUUCGCACACGGUCAUUGAGGAGGACGCCGCUCCUGGGGUGAUCAUCACCGAUGUUUUCACCCGGCGAUUCUCUCUGGUGACAACAGUCGUGUACAACGACGCCAACAAAAUUGUUGCACCUGCGGCGCCCAUACUACUGACUGCGGAGUACCCGCGCUCCUGCCUUCCCGACACACCUAAGCUCUCGCUGAUGGCAAUGGCGUUUCAACAAGUCUGGUGGCAGUGGAUGAGGCUACGGCCGACGCCGUGGCCAUCGUUUUGGAGGGAUCUUGCUGAUGGGAAUGAGGCUGGUGGCGAUCAGAUGCAUCGCUAUCUGGUACAGCAACUGGAAAGCGUGGAAAUUAUUAUCAAUUUCAGAACUAUGCCCAGUACUGAAGCUUCAGAAACUUGUGAGUGUCAGCAUCUUAUAUCAACCAAGGUUUAUCAUGAAUUGUGGGAUUGCUUUGAGGUUGGUUCUGGUACAAGAUAUCCGAAAUCAGAUGAAGUUUGUGCUUCUGUUAUUAGCAUCUUCGAGUGGGGCUCUUUUCAGAAAUGGGUGUUGGGGCUCUAUUUCAAUAAGAUGGUGAUGCUCAAUGCAAGUGUUUUCUUUUUCCUCUCGUCUCUGCCAUAUGUAUAUGGGAGUUCGACAUGGGCAUGUACCAGAUGGGCAUGUUUUGGGACCCCGGAGGACCGGCGGUGUUCUUGUUACUGGAGUUGACUCGACAAGCGCACCUGUGGGAAGAGUUCCUUGCUAUGGGCGCAACUCUGCCAUUUUCUGUUGUUGCUCUUAUGUGCAAGUCUCAACUACAACAGCCAACAAGAUGCUUGCCAGGCCGUUCUAUCCUGGUGCUUGGACUUUAUGUAACACACAGCUUCUACAUGGCAUCAACUAGUGCACAAGUAGAUCCUCAAGAAGGGAGGGAUAUCAAAGACGCCUCUGCCUUCCUCUACCAAGAUCCCCAUGACAGCGACUACUACCUCAACCACGACCACUUCUUCGAGCUAGUUCAAAUCCACCUAAACUGUGGCUACGACCACGACAACUACCACGGCGACCACAACAUGAUCAAGAACCUCCAAGCACCCUGGGAUCCUGGCGAGCUCCUCAUGUCAGCGGCUUGGGGGCAAGCCGCAUUUCAAGAAGGGAGGGAUGUUAGGGACCCAUUGGCUUGCCCGUCGGUGGUACGUGGGCCAAGCCCAGUGGUGCAUUAACCAGGGUGCCCACUACAAAUACAAGGGAAGCAGGCCACGAGGAGGUACCCGCGUAGGAUCAGGCACGAACGGCGGCGGCUCCCUUCUCUUUCCCCUACCUCCAGUUCAUCUCUGUUCUUCCUGUUCCUGUAACCUCUCCCCUGUAAUUGCUAUGCUACUGCUACAAUUCAUCUGUUGAA